AUGCUGCCAUCUCGAGUUCGACAGCCCGCGGCGCAAUUUACCCGCCACCUCCGCCCGACCCUCGCGACAGGCCGAUCUCUGAAUGCGCCAUGUCGACGACUUGCUAGUGGCAAAUCUAGGAGAUCAUCCUCGAACUGGCUUACCACCUCUCUUGGUGUCGCGGUCGCAGGUACAGCAGGCUUCCUUGGCUAUUCAUACCUCACCAGCAAUUGGAAAGAAACAUGGAUCGACAGCCAGCUGCCUAAGAAAGAAGUCAUUGAUGUCAACGAUCUUCGGGCCGAGUUUAUUCAGGAGAAAAGAAGUCUGAAGAGCCCUGGUGUCUAUACCUGGGGAUCCAAUGAGUUUAAAGUGGUGGACCCGGGAUCGAAAGACGCCGACGUGAAGACCCCCCGACGAUUUAAAUAUUUCAACGGCCAGGUCCUUCGGGAUUUCAAAGUUGAUGAGAAGUCUGGUGCUGCGAUUACGGAGGAUGGUGAUCUUGUGCAGUGGGGCAAGGGAUUCUCUGAGACAGAGUUCAAGCCUAGCAAGACUCUGACAGGCAAAAACUUGAUUUCCCUUGCUCUGUCUGAAAGCCGACUCAUUGCUCUAUCCUCCGAUGGAAACAUCUAUUCGGUUCCCAUCUCCAAGUCGGAACAACUGAAUGGCCCGAAAGCUCGAGAGAGCUCAUGGGUGCCGCUCUGGGGAGCAAGCUCUGCUUUGAGUUACCGCAUUCUGAAGCCUUCUUUGAAGCUUGGUGAAAAGGUCACCUCAAUUUGUGGUGGUCUAGAGCAUGUUGUGAUGCUUACAAGCUCCGGUCGUGUCUUUACAGCAGCUUCAUCAACUGAAAAUUAUCCAACUCUCGGUCAACUCGGUGUACCUGGCUUGACUUGGUCCACCAGACCUAGUGGACCAGCAGAUUCGUGUCAUGAAGUAGCAACUCUGAAGGGCUCUAAGAUUACACAGAUCGCUUCUGGUGACUAUCACGCACUAGCCUUGGCCAAGGACGGCCGUCUCUUUGCGUGGGGAGACAAUUCAUUUGGGCAGCUGGGAGUGGAAUUCGAACCGUGGGAGGCAUUCAAGGACACUCCUUUCAUUCUUCCAAUAGGGAAGUAUUACCGAAAGGCAUUGUAUUCCCCGACCGUCACUAGCGUUGCCGCCGGUGGAGCUACUACUUUCCUCAGUGUUGAUUCUAAGCGGAUUCUGGGUCCUGAGGAAGACGCUACCAAGGUCCGCGACCUAGGCACUAUCACUGCCGACACCUGGUCUUGUGGUAGAGGCAUCUGGGGCACAUUGGGAGCCGGCAAAUGGAUUCACAUCCAAGACUCACCCACCCAGGUGAAGGACCUGAGCGGCUUGAGCGAGUAUGACGAGAAGUUGAAGCAGCUAGCUCCUAUUCGUCUUCGCUAUAUGUCUGUCGGCACAAAUCACGCCGCAGCGGUGCUGGACAACAAGACAAUUGUCAAUGCCAAGAACACCGACUCGCUAGACAAGUCGAAAGACUUCGGCUACGAGGUCUUCUGGUGGGGAGGUAACGAGCAUUUCCAACUCGGAACCGGAAAGCGAAGCAACCAGUCUCGGCCAACGUAUAUCAAGGCACCUUCAGAGUCUGCAAAGAAGCCCGAGCCUGAAGCGAGACUACAGCUUAUGCCCAGACACAAAGGCCCUGUUGGCAAGCGUACCAAGAGUAUGGAGCAGCGAGUUGAGUGUGGUCGGCAUGUCUCUGCCAUUUAUUCGGCUGUAUAA